CUCUCGCUGUUUUUCCAAUGGGGUACGAGUCAGCCUCGUGACCGAGCUACAGGUCGUUCUCUCCGCUAUCCUGACCUGGACUGUGUGUGAAACAAUAACCAUUCACUAUGUUAUGCCUCAUAACUCGUCCGGACUCGGUGGUUCUGGAAGUGGAGGUGGACCCAAAAGCAAACGGAGAGGACAUUCUCAAUAAGAUAUGCCGGAAAAUGGGAAUCAUAGAGGUGGAUUAUUUUGGACUUCAGUUCACCGGUGCAAAGGGAGAGAUUUUAUGGAUGAAUCUCAGAAACAGGAUUUCUCAACAAGUGGACUGCCUGUCUCCCUGCAGACUAAGGCUGCGAGUGAAGUUCUUUGUUGAGCCGCAUCUAAUCCUCCAAGAGCAAACCAGACAUCUGUUUCUGAUGCAUGUGAAGGAGGAGCUUUUCAAAGGAAGCUUGCGAUUGGACGCAGAGCAGGCGAUCAAGCUCUGUGCACUACUGGCUCAGGCAGAGUUUGGGGAUUACAACCAAAACACAGCCAAAUACUGCUACUCACAGAUCUAUGGUCAAGAGCCCAGCCAUGACACCAUCAACAAUAUUUGUUUGAGGCAUAAGGCAUUGGAGGGUGUUAGUCAGGCUUCAGCAGAAUAUCAAGCCCUGCAGCUGGUUUCCUCCCUCAACUACUAUGGCGUGGAGUGGCAUUCCGCGCGUGACUCUGAGGGACAGGAGCUGCUCAUCGGGGUCGGACCAGAGGGCCUGUUCGUCUGCAAAACAGAUUUCACCACUAUUGAAAGAAUCGUAUACCCAGUCAUUCAAAUGGCCACUCAGUCCGGAAGGAAUGUGUAUGUGACCAUCACAAAGGACAGUGGGGACAGUACGGUUCUCCUUUUUAAGUUCAUCAGUCCUUGUGCUGCCAAUGGACUAUAUCGCGCUAUCACGGAGAUUCACUCCUUCUAUAGGUGUGACACUGUAAUGAGCACGGUGAAGAUGCAAUAUAGCCGUGACUUCAAGGGUCACCUGGCCUCCCUCUUCCUCAAUGAAAGCAUUGACCUUGGUAAAAGGUACAUCUUUGACAUUCAGCGCACAUCCAAAGAAGUGUAUGACCGUGCCCGGCGAGCCCUGUUCAAUGCAGGGAUGGCUGUGAAUGGAUGUGGGAGCCUAAGAGACAGUUACAGUCACUCGCCGCUGAGACAGAUAAAAGUUGAAAGGGAAAAGCGAAUGUGUGUCGGCUGCAGAGAAACUCACAUUCUCAAGGAGAAGCUCCAAAUGUUACAAGAUGCCCUGACCUGCGCUCUGUGCUGCGAACAGGAGAUCAAUGCUGCUUUCUGUCCUUGUGGACACAUGUUCUGCUGCUAUAAGUGUGCCAGCCAACUUCAGUGUUGCCCAGUUUGCCGUUCAGAAGUGGACCGUGUUCAGCAUGUCUAUUUACCCACCUGUGCCAGUCUACUUGGCCUGGCAGAGGCAAAAACCUCUACCUUCAGUGUGCCCAGCGGGACUGCCAUCUCAGAGGAUUGUGCCAAUAAAGAAAACACCUGCCAGCUGUAGGAUGGAUAACAUCUGCACACCGCACAUGGACACUA